AACAUCAGCAGCAGCAACAUCAUCAGCAACAUCAUUAAUAACAUCAUCUACACCAUCAUCAGCAACAUCAUCACCACCCCUAGCAUCAGCAGCAACAACAUCAUCAGCAGCAGCAUCAACAACAACAUCAUCAGCAACAUCAACAACAACAUCAUCAGCAUCAACAACAACAACAUCAACAGCAUCAACAUCAACAGCAUCAACAUCAACAACAACAUCAUCAACAACAACAACAGCAUCAACAUCAACAACAACAUCAUCAGCAUCAACAACAACAACAACAUCAGCAACAUCAUCAUCAUCAGCAGCAAAAACAACAACAUCAUCAGCAUCAACAACAUCAUCAACAACAUCAUCAUCAGCAUCGACAACAACAACAUCAGCAUCAACAACAUCAUCAACAACAUCAGCAACAUCAACAACAACAUCAACAACAACAACAUCAUCAGCAUCGACAACAACAACAUCAGCAUCAACAACAUCAUCAACAACAUCAGCAACAUCAACAACAACAUCAACAACAACAACAUCAUCAGCAUCAGCAACAUCAACAACAACAUCAGCAACACCGUCACCAUCUAGAACAGAGGGGAGGGAAGACUGCGGCCUAGUCGGCCUCGGGCCAUCCCGAGUUUUCCUAGCGGACCCGCCGCGCCCGGAGCGCCUCCCCCGGCAGGAGUCGGGAUCGAAUAACGGGCUUGGCCCGAGCGAGUUCCCGCCUUUUCACGAGUUGAUUCCGCCCCCCGCCGUGGCUUUGUCGGCACGAGGCUUCUGCGCCGGUGAGUGUCAAGGACUCCAACGGGCCCCAAGCCGCUGCCCCGUCGUCACCGCCGCCGUGGACAAAGCGCCGAGGCUCGACAUCAUGAGCUGCGUGGAGAGGGACCUGCUGGACCUCGUGUUGCGCACGGGCUACAACAUCGUCCAGGAGAACGGACAGAGGAAGCUGGGACCGCCGCCCGACUGGCAGGGCCCCCCUCCCGCCCGCGGCUGCGAGGUGUUUCUGGCGAGGAUCCCGCGCGACCUGUACGAGGACGAGCUGGUGCCCGUGCUGGAGGCGGUGGGGCGGCUGUACCAGCUGCGCCUCAUGAUGACGUACCACGGAGAGAACCGCGGCUACGCCUUCGCCACCUUCGCGACGCGCUCGCAAGCCGCGGACGCCGUCAGGAGACUCCACAAGUCGGAGAUCCGCCCGGGGCAACGGAUCGCGGUUCACGUGAGCGUCGACAAUCGCCGCCUCUUCUUGGCGGGGCUGCCGAAGGUUAGGACGCGGGCCGAGGUGAUGGCGGCAAUGAGCGACGUCACGGAGGGCGUCGUGGACGUCCAGAUGCGCUUCUGUCGCCACGACAGGAGCCACAGCCGAGGCUUCGCGUUCGUCGAAUACGAGAGCCACCGCGCGGCCUGCAUGGCCCGCAGGGUGCUGCUGCCGUACUCCUUCCGGCUGUGGGGCCGAGACAUCCACGUGGACUGGGCCAUCCCGCAGCGAGACCCGGGGGCGGCGGCUGCUGCUGCUGCUGCCGCGGCGGUGGUGGUCGCCGGCGUGGGCCACGCGACCUUCGAACUGCACGCUCACUCGGAGCCCGGCAGGCCCAUGGGCCUCCUGUACAAGGUCUCCGUUCCCGGGAUGAUGCGGGAAGGCAGCGGCUUCUUCCCCGCGGUGCUGAGCUCCAGCGCGGAAGGAGCUCGCGAAGUGGCCAGCGGCCUUCUCUACGAAAUCCUCGGCGACGCCAACCCCCUGAGGGUGGGCCCGGUCCCCGCCGCCACGCUGCCUCCCGGCUGCCCCGUCCGGAACCUCCCGGCGUAUCCCGGCGACUUCCCCGCGCCCCGGCAGCCGGUCGCCGCGCGCCUGCCGACGAGCGGCACGCACCCGUAG